CUUUCUGUCUCUAUCCUCAAUCCAAACACACACAGUCACACAGUUGCUACAUAUUUCACAUGGGUUCUGUUCAUAUUCUAUGCAUAAUCAACUCAACUCUAUAUGCUUGCUGUCUGCCCUGCGUAUCAGUCUGUUUUUGUGGUGGGCAUCUGUCUUUUUCUUCCCUUUUAAUUUCCAGGGGGGGUCAUUAAUGUAGUACUUUUGAGCUGAUCAUCAAGAAAGAAGUAGUAGUGCUCUUGGAGAAAAGGGCAAAAAUGAUGUUCCAAAGUUGUUUUCUUGUGGUAGCUUUAGUGAUCAUUGGGAUAACAGCAGGAGCUUUCUACACAGUGGAGGGUCAGCCUCAUCGAAUUCUUUUGGAUACCGAUGUCGACACUGAUGACUUAUUUGCUCUCUUGUAUAUUUUGAAGUUGAACAGAUCAGAAUUUGAUUUGCAGGCAGUUACCAUAAGCGCUAAUGCGUGGACUAAUGCCGGGCAUUCUGUCAAUCAAAUCUAUGACAUUCUUUACAUGAUGGGUCGCGAUGACAUUGCUGUUGGGGUGGGAGGUGAAGGUAGCAUUUUGAAUGAUGGUACUAUUCUCCCGAAUGUCGGAGGAUAUCUCCCUUUGAUUGAACAGGUGCACCAAAAUUUUUCAGCAUCAAUUUCACUGAUAUCUUUAUAAGUUUUAAUUGAAAGGACACAUUAAUACUCAUACCAUUUAUGCAUACGAGUUCUUUUCAAUGCUAAUGUCCUACUGAAGUAGUUCCUUCUGCUUUAUUAGUGGAUUGGUACAGCUGGAUAUUGCAGAUAUAGACAAGCCAUUCCAGUAGGUUCUGGAGGUAUAUUAGAUAUCGACACAAACUACGGUUUUCGCAAAGGUUUUCUGCCUCAGGUAUGGAUAAAUGACCUGAAUAUAUAUAUAUUCAGACAAAAGAAUAGCCUUAAUAAAACUCAUUUGAAUAUGGUUGCACCAUUCAAAUGCAUGCUUGUAUCUUCAUAACUUUGAGAUUGCAUGGCUGCUUUUUGACUCCAGGGUAAAAGGAGAUACUUACCUCUCCUGCAGCCGACUGCUCAGCAAGUGAUGAUUAACACAAUUUCUGCGGGUCCAACUAAUGUUUUCAUAAUUGGAGCACACACAAAUUUUGGUGUAUUUCUUAUGAAGAAUCCCCAUCUGAAGAAAAAUGUUAAGCACAUUUACAUCAUGGGUGGUGGUGUGAGAUCAAGUAAUCCAACUGGUUGCUGUCCGAAGAAUGCCAGCUCAUCUUGUCAACCACGGCAGUGUGGAGAUCGUGGCAAUAUGUUUACAGACUACACUAGUAAUCCAUAUGCAGAGUUCAAUAUAUUUGGAGAUCCUUUUGCAGCAUACCAGGUGAUCCACUCAGGCAUCCCAAUCACUCUUGUUCCAUUGGAUGCCACAAAUACCAUCCCUAUAACAGAAGAAUUCUUUGCGGCGUUUGAGAAGAAUCAACAUACUUAUGAAGCACAAUACUGCUUCAAGUCCUUAAAAAUAACUCGUGACACCUGGUUUGAUGAUCACUUCUACACGAGUUUUUUCAUGUGGGACUCAUUUUUAGCUGGUGUAGCAACUUCCAUUAUGCGCACACCACAUAACAAGCAAGGGCAGAAUGAUUUCGCAGAGAUGGAGUUUAUAAACAUAACUGUUGUAACUUCAAAUGAGCCAUAUGGAAUAUCAGAUGGCUCAAAUCCAUUUUUUGAUGGGCGUAAAACCCCCAAGUUCAAUUUAACAAGAAAUGGUAUUCACAGUGGCCAUGUCCAGAAUGGACUUCGUGAUCCUUUUUGCAUUGUGAAGAAUGGAAAAGGAAGAUGCCAGGAUGGUUAUACUAAAGCAGUCGCUGGUAAAGAAGGUGUACAAGUGCUUGUCGCUGUGAGGGCAAAGCCUAAUCGCGAUGAGCGCAGUUCCCUUAACAGAGAGUUCUACAAAAGCUUUUUAGAUGUUCUAAAUCGUCGCCAACAUUCUGGACUGUUCAACAUCACCACGCAAUUUCCUCACUACAAGGAAAACCUAUACAAGCCUGAUUUUAAAGGAAGGAAACUUGGCAAGGAUGUUGUAUUUGACAUGGACAUGAGUCCUGGAGAUUUUCUAGCACUCUUUUAUCUUCUAAAAUUACCUGUUGAAACUAUCAAUCUCAAGGCAAUACUGAUUACUCCAACUGGAUGGGCUAAUGCCGCAACCGUAGAUGUCGUAUAUGAUCUACUGCACAUGAUGGGUCGUGAUGACAUUCCGGUCGGCCUAGGAAAUGUGUUUGCUACUAAUCAGUCUGAUCCUGUUUUUCCUCCUGUGGGAGAUUGCAAGUAUAGAAAGGCCAUUCCUCACGGUAGUGGAGGAUUUCUAGACUCGGAUACUCUUUAUGGCUUAGCUCGUGAUUUGCCACGAAGUCCAAGAAGGUACACUGGAGAAAAUUCGGUUAAAUUUGGAGCUCCUAGAGAUACUGAUCACCCUGAACUCAGACAACCCCUUGCUGGUGAGGUCUGGCAGUCGGUACUGAAAUCUCUUGAUCCGAAGUCCAAAGUUACCAUUUUGACAAAUGGACCCUUAACUACUCUGGCACAGAUUGUUGCUUCAGGCCAAAAUAUGACCUCUGUAAUUCAGGACAUAAUCAUUGUUGGAGGCCACAUAAAUUCCAAAAACAGUGAAAAAGGAAAUGUUAUCAAUGUUCCCUCAAAUAAGUAUGCAGAAACUAACAUGUUUCUGGAUCCAUUGGCUGCAAAGACAGUUUUUGAUUCAGAACUUAAUAUUACCCUCAUUCCUCUAAGCAUUCAGCGCCAAGUCAUAGCUUUCCUCAAAUUGCUUAAUAUUUUCAAUGUGACCAAGAAGACUCCUGAGGCCUUAUUUGCGCAGAACCUGAUAUCAAACUUGCAUCACUUGAAAGAGGCUCAUCCCAGAUACAAACAUGUGGAUAUAUUCCUUGGAGAAAUUCUGGGUGCUGUAGUCCUAGGUGGUGAUCAUUCAGUUUUGAAGCCACAGUUCGAGAUGAAGAAUCUCAAGAUCUCGACUAAAGGCGUUGAAGAUGAAGACGGGCAGAUUAGGAUUGAUAGAAAACAAGGAAAACCAGUCAGAGUACUGGAAAAUGUUAACCCCAGUGCUUACUAUAACCUCUUUGCAACUCAACUUUGUGCCAAGAACCAGUCUGCCAUUGUUGGAAGCUUUGAUGAGCAGAGAAGAAGAAUAUGGAGUUGAAAGGAUUGGUUAUUUGCAGAAAGAAUUCCUUUUUGGAGAUUUGUUUGGAAUUGAAAAUUGGUUUUAUUUUAUAUCAUUGAAACCUAUACAUUCAAAGAAGAUAAGAUUACAAAGAAAUAAAAAUAAGAACACAACAUCAAAACCUCUGAAAUCUUAAACAGGACGUCCAAAAGAAACAAUAAUGAACUCAGAAUAAUUUCUUGCUUCAACAACAAGAAGGCUAA